AUGACCAGAAUUGUGAACCCGACAGCACUCCCGCCUCCACCUCGAGGCCACGCGUCGGCAAGGUACACGUCAAGUAAGCUUCCACUGGAGGAGUCCACGUCAACUACGGACUCGCCAACCUUCCCAGCCCAAUUUACGCAGGAAUUUCGGUUCGACUACACGUAUUGGUCCUUUGAUCGUUCUCCUGGACACCCCGUAGCGACGCAGAGCACGAUCUACGAUGAACUGGGCGUUCUGGCACUGCAACAAGUACUUCAAGGUAACAACUGCUCCGUCUUCGCCUAUGGACAACCCAGCGCUGGUAAGACGUAUUCCCUCAUGGGGAGUAGUGGCGAGCGAGCCUCUUUACCUGCGUCUGUCAAGACCAACGGCAACGUUAAUGGUGUACGGGCUCCACCUAGUGCGUUGUCACUGUCAGAGCGACGAGGUUUGAUUCCACGAAUUUUUCAGGGAUUGUUUGCUGAAAUCGAUGAAGGGAAGAGGUCGGGGAACUCAUACACUGUGAUCAUGAGCUACGUUGAAAUUUACGACGAACGCGUCUAUGACUUGCUGUCUCAAAGCACCAUGAAGAAAUCUCUAAAAGUUCGAGAACACCCAGAUGACGGAGCUUUUGUUGAGCGAGCGAGACGUGUGCAAGUCACGAGCAGCUCGCAAGUCGUAGAGCUGAUCGAAGAGGGGAAUCGCACGCGUUCGGUAUCAUCCUCGCGCCCUAGUCGUUCUCACACGGUGCUGUUGCUUUCACUAUCACAGAACAGUCCGGCGGUCUCGUCCCCUCGGAAGAGCAAGCUCGCCGUGGUGGAUUUAGCAGCAAGUGAGCGGGUGGAUCGGUCUGAUGUUAGCGGUUUGCGUGCACGAGAGGCUGCAAGUGUCAACCGUUCGUUGGCCACUCUCGCGGAUGUUGUCGGUGCUUUAGCGAAGCGGAGAAGUGGUCGCUCUGUCGAUGGCUCUCAUCGUCAGAAAGUAUUCGCGCCUUAUCGGAACUCGGUCUUGACGCGGUUACUGAAAGAUUGUCUCGGUGGACACGCGAAGACUAUCAUACUCGGGACCAUUAGUCCGUGCUGCGCGCACUAUGAAGAGUCAAUGACCACACUACGAUACAUUGAGCGCGCGAGGAGUGUGUACAGCACA